AUUAACGGAUUAUUGAAACAAAUUAUAAGCAAGCUAAAUUAAUUGAAAAACGAGUGUAUUAUAUACGUCGAUUACAACUAUUUACUUUGCAAUAAGUGCCUAUUUACAUAAUACGUAAAUUGCAAACUUUGUUAGCGAAUUAUUGAUCAAGUGAUGUUUGGUGGAGGCGCGCGCCGCCCGCCCAUUGCCUUCCGCCCAACCGCGGCCACCCGUCUACGCAGUGUCACACGUCACGCGGCUGUCACCCGCUGUGACAACACUUUGCACUAAUAACGUGUUGACCUCUGCCAAAUUAACAUUGUUUGCAAAUUGUUACACGCUUCAACGCAACGUCCGGCGCCCGGCAGCUCGUCGCCGCUCACUCGCGCUUUCUCGCUUCAAAGUGUAAUCGAAAGAUAUAUGCUCAAUUAUCUUUAGAUUCGUAAUCUUACAUAAACAUAAAAGUAAUCUGUAAAAACAAUAUAGUUUCGCGAACGAGGGGUUCAUGACAAACGUAACGCGAUCGGGUCUACGUCAGUAACUGGAAUAGAUCUCAUACUAACGUGAGCGUGAAAUUAAAGGAUAAACAAAUGAAUACUGAAGCGGGCGGCACAAUAAUGGAACAACAGUCGGCAUCAGAAGGUGUCAAGAUUCAGACACGGGCCGCGUGACCCGGCGGCAGGUCGAGGCGCAUCGGCCGAAGUGGGGCAUAUCGAUAAGUGUGGCCUAGUUAGCGGCUUCCGUGAGGACGCGAGUGCAUUCCGGGGCGAUGUCGGGCAGGUCGUACUUGUCGGGCAGCGUGCGAUCGUGCGGCGGGUCUGUGCGGCUCGGAGCCGGGGCCGCCUCGGCUCACGAGGUGGUGCUGGAAGCGCUGUACGAGCGGAAACGCGACAAGAAGAGCGUUCGCGUGCUCACCGUCAUCAUAUACGUAUUCUGCGUGUCACUGGCCGCCAUCAUGCUCUCCCUCUACUACGUGUUCUUCUGGGAGCCCAAGGACGCGCACUACGCGCAGCGCAAGGUGUUAAACACUGUAACGCAGCCACCCAGCACUACACCUUUGCCCACAUGCUUUAUGACCCACACUGGACGAAGCAAUACCUCAGUGAACGAGUUUAUCGCUCAACCAAUAAUAGACAACAUCACCAGUUUUAUCAAUACAAAUGAAUCGUUAUCAAACGAGGAUUGGUUUACCAACAAUACAGCAAUGGAAAUGCAAGAAAAUGUAACAACAUACGACACGGAGGCCCUACAGAAUAUUACCAGCGUUACAUGACGUUGAACUUGGCCAAAAUUAAGACCCACAGGUCUCUAAUGAAGUCGAGAUAUUUUCGACUGUUGUUGAGUUAAGUUGCAUCCAGUACAGACUAUAAAUAAUUAUUACUAUAGACUACUAAACUAUGUACGUAUCUAGUCGGAGACCAAUGUUAUUAUGUAGGAUGCACGUAAUUAUAUUGCGCCUGCAGAUAUUCAGUUAGCAAGGCCUAGAUAAGUAAAACAACGAGUUUAUAUUUUACUGUUAAGGCUUUCUCGAAAUACUCUUAGAAUAGCCCUUUGUGAUUUUACAACUGGUGGUAGAUCAAUUAGCAUCCACAAGAUGUAAAAAUUAAUUUUAAUUUUUUUUGGAACCCCAUAAAGUUCGGUAUUGCUUUAUGUUUGUGAAAUUGAAUUAUACAUAGAAACUUUUAGCUUUUGUUCGUAAAAGUGAAUAGAAAGUUUAAUUAAGUAUAAUAGAAAAAAAAAUGUAUAUACACAUUACUGCCUGAUAUAUAAUUGUAUUCUUCGUUGUGUUUGUUUAAAAACCGAAUGUACCUACUAAGUUAAAUUAGUAUUACAUAUAGUUAUUAGGUUAUUUUAUCAUUGACAUUAUAUUCUCACUUGACCUCUCUAAUCUAGAUUCUGGGUCGUUAAAUUCAGUGCGUUCUACAACGAUCUAAAAUAGGAUAAUAAAUCAAACUUAUAACUUU